AUGGCCUUCAAGGAGGAACAGCGCGCCAUUCAAGUCUCCCUUCAAGAAUAUCCACUCAAUGCACUUGGAUCUUCAGGCUUUCUGCCAGUUGAAGCAGCUGCCGUCUCGUCGGCCAAACGAGGCGAGCCUUCCGCUCUUGCCCUGAAUAUCUCUAAGCGAUGGGCUCCUGGUAAAGUCCUCAAGAUCAAGUUUUUGGGUGGUGACAAGGCCAUCCAGGACAAGGUCAAGCAGUGGGCUCAUCAAUGGCUUUUGUAUGCCAACUUGAGCUUCUCGUGGGUCGGAAAGAAUGAGCCCGCAGAGAUCCGGAUUGAUUUCAAGCCCGGCGGCUCAAGUUCUUUUGUGGGAACGUACUGUCUUACCAUCAAAGACCAGUCCACUCGCACGAUGAACCUGGACAUAUCUUCCGAUUCAUCAGAAGAACUCAUCCGCCGCAAAGUGCUUCAUGAGUUCGGACACGUCCUCGGUUUCGAGCAUGAGCACCAGUCUCCCCUUGCCAUUUUCCAGUGGAACGAAGAGUACAUCUAUCGGUCACUGAGAGGUCCACCAAAUUUCUGGAAUGACAAAGAGAUUAAACAUAACGUUCUCAAUCGGCUCAAAUCUACAGAAAUUCAGGCGACCCCUUUCGAUCCGGAUUCCAUCAUGCUGUACGAAUACCCUCCUGAGUGGUUCAAGAACAAUGGCGGUCAAGGAACCAAGUACAAUACCUAUUUGUCCAAGAAGGACAAAGACUGGGCUAGCGUUUGCUACUCCCGCUAUUCCAAGGACAUUGGACAGUUCAGCACGGUUGAGAUUAGGCCCUGGGACCAGCCGGCGUCCAGGCCAGACAAGAAGGAUAUCGAGUUUGAGCCUGCGUACGCCCAGCCCCCGCAGAUCGCGCUCGGCUUGACCUGGCUUGACCUGGACCACCAGAAUGAGAUCUCAGUCGAUGCAUCCGCUGAGAGCAUCUAUGAGGAUAGCUUCAAACUCAAAAUUUCCUCGGCAUCGUCAGCGCGCCUGUAUGUGGCAGCUUGCUCCUGGCUUGAGAUUUCUAGCUCGGAGGAGGAGGUUUUCACGGGUCAGUUCGAUGUCACAUCUGCUUGGCAGGAUGGGAAAAAGCAAACGGAGACAGAAAAGCCGAUCCGGUUUCCUCAAAGGUUUGACAAUGAACCACCGGUUGUCGUCUGCUGGUUCAGCGCUUUGGAUCUCGGCCAGGACUCCCGCUGGAAGGUCAACACCUACGUCACAGACAUCAGCAGGUCCUCGUUCACCAUCCACGUGGGCGCGGACCCGGCGACGGACCUUCGCGGCGCUCGCGUGACAUGGGUCGCCUUCCGCCGUGGGAAAGAAGGCAUGGCUGGAGGUACGUUCUCAUCUGGCGACAUUGAGGGCCUCAAAUCCACCGGAAAUGUCGAGUUCGAGGGCAAGUUUGACACCGACCCGCAUAUCAUGAUGGCACUGAGCGGGCUCGACUUCGAGAACGGCCACAAUCUCCGGUUGCGGCUUAGCAGCUCGCGACUCGAGAAGAGCGGCUUUACUUGGAACCUCGACACUUGGCUGGAUUCUGUAAUGCACGGGGCUACCGGGUCUUUCAUUGCUAUUUCGCAGCCGGAAAUGAGUCCGUCUUCAUGGUGA